AUGUCUCCGCCCAUGUCGUCCUCGCGAGAGAAGGAGUCGAAUGUUGCCCGUCUCCUGGGCUCCGGCUCCGCCGGUAUCGCAGAGCUUAUGCUCUUCCACCCUGUCGAUACCAUUGCCAAGCGAUUGAUGAGCAACCAGACCCGUAUCACCAGCGCUUCGCAAUUAAAUACCGUCAUAUUCAAGGAGAAGGCCGCGGCGGGACUUGGCACCAAGUUCUUCUCUCUCUUCCCUGGUCUCGGCUACGCGGCGGGCUACAAGGUCCUCCAAAGGAUAUACAAGUAUGGCGGUCAGCCCGUCGCACGAGACUUCCUCGGCACCCACUACGGAAAGGACUUUGAGCAGGCCUUUGGCAAGAAGACUGGCAAGGCCAUUAUGCACUCUACGGCCGGAAGUUUGAUUGGUAUCGGCGAGAUCGUCCUCCUUCCCCUCGACGUACUCAAGAUUAAGCGACAGACAAACCCUGAGGCUUUCAAGGGACGAGGUGUACUCAAGAUUGUUAAGGAUGAGGGCUUUGGCCUCUACCGGGGAUGGGGAUGGACUGCGGCCCGAAACGCUCCCGGAUCCUUCGCGCUCUUCGGCGGUUCUGCUUUCACCAAGGAAUACGUCUUCCAUCUUCAGGAUUACAACUCGGCCACCUGGUUCCAGAACUUCGUCGCUUCGAUCGCCGGUGCCUCUGCCUCGCUAGUGGUUUCCGCUCCUCUCGACGUUAUCAAGACCCGAAUCCAGAACAAGAACUUCGACAACCCCGAGAGUGGAUUCAGGAUUCUCUCGAACAUGGCUAGGCACGAAGGAUUUAGCAGCUUCUUCAAGGGUCUGGUACCUAAGCUCCUUAUGACUGGUCCUAAGCUUGUGUUCUCCUUCUGGCUCGCGCAAACCCUCAUCCCUGCUUUCGACAAGGCUCUCGCGAAAUAA